UUACGAUCUAGAGUCGUCGUUCUACGAUAUCGUAAAUGUAGUCGUAAGUGAUUGUGUAACAGAAGUGUAACACAAGUGUGUGUUAAUUUUCUGUCAAUACUAAUUAGCUUUGACCUCAAGUUAAUUUCUUUUUCAUCUCUUUCUUAGUUCUAUGAAUAAGAACAACGUUAAAGUUAAUUUACAUUAUGAAACAGAAAAAAACAACAGCUUUACAAUACUCUGCAACCACUGACUAUGUUUACACUAUUGUAGAAUUGCUUAAAUAGAAAUUGCUCAGCUUUUGCAGUGUUAAUGUAUGGGAUCCAUUCUCUACGUAUAUAAGCAUUGUAAAUUUAAGCGUAAAUUGAACUGUUUGUACCCGAAUAAUAUACAUGGCAUUGUAGUGGGAGCAAAUAAUAAAUUGGCUGUAUAUGGGGCUAGGUCUAUAUGUAUCUGCGAUAUAGUUGAAAUAGAGUGUGACAUAAGAAUUAGAAAACAAAGCACUGAUCAAUUCAAUGAUUGGAUAAUUGCGGCAGAGUGGAUAUUGUUUAAAGAACAAGUGCAACUGGCAAUUCUGUUUGCCCAUAAUUAUAUAUCUAUAUAUGAUAUAUCUAAUAAAACUUUUCAAACUAUACGUUGUGAAGAAACAUGCAUACUCUAUGGUGGUUCUCUAUCAGGAACUUGUCUAGAAAAUUUAGUCAUUUUCAGUGGAACAGUGUUUCAAGAAAUUUUAAUAUGGAAAAUGGACAAUAGGUAUUAUGAUCUUAAUAAAAGAAUGCCAGUUUUGCAUCGUUUAACAGGACACAAGGGUGUUAUUUUCUCAGUUAUUUAUGAUUCAUAUUCGCGAUUUAUUUGUUCCACAUCUGAUGAUAGAAGUGUCAGAUUCUGGAAAGUAAUAGAACAUGAACAUCCUGAUAGCAAUAACAUCAAUUGGCAGAUAGUAAAAAUAGAUCCAAUAAAAACAAAGUUUGUGCAUACAGCAAGAGUUUGGAAAGCCUUAAUUAGAAAUGACAUUGUUUUAACAAUUGGAGAAGACUCACUUGUAUGCACAUGGUCGCUCUCAGGUAAUUUACUUAAUAAAGCCUACUAUAAACCAUCUAUAUGGAGUAUUGAUGUGUCUGAGGACAAUAUGACAAUAUAUGUGGGUGGAAGUGAUGGAGCUGUAUACAUGCAACCCUUUGAACAUUACAAGAACUUAGAAACAAUUUUUCUACCUGUUAAUGAUACAUGUAACUUCCCUAAAUAUAUUUCUUAUUUGCAUGAUGGCACAAUUAUAGUUUUUACCGAAUUAGGAACACUUCUACAUUACAACACAGAAAUGGUUAAAAAAAAUACUAUAUACUUAUUAAAUGAUGGCUAUUAUAUUAUGCAAGUUUCUCCAAGUCGCAAUCUUGUUGCUCUUGCAUCUAAAGAGGGAUACAUAAUAACAUACAAAGUGUAUCUUGAGACUUUACAACAAUAUCAAAAAGACAAAAUAAUGAAUUCACAUAUUUUAUCCUUGCACUGGUUAGACGAUCAUAAAUUUAUAGCAUGCGGAGCAAAUGGUCUUUUAAAGUUAUGCUGCUUUGAAGGAGUGGAAGAAAAAUACAGAUUACCUCCCAGUCGAGAACGUUGGUUAACUGCGGCUAUAACAGUCUCUACUCUUUCAAAAACAUCGCAAAUAUUAAUAUGUGGAGACAGAGUUGGGAAUAUUCAUGUAUACAAGCGAAAAAGAAAUAGUUUUCGUUCUGACACAGACAUUGAAGAGCCUAUUCAAACACUUUAUAAAAUUCAUGGUAAAAUGGGAGUUCAGUCGUUUCAUAUAUUUCGAAAAAACUUAAUAACAUCUGGACGCGAUGGAAUGUUGAGAUUUUAUCAAAUAUGUGAAGAAGACACGAAACCAUUGUUGAUGCUGCAUAAAAAAAAGAUGCCAAUGGACUGGAUUAGUAGCAUGUUAGAAGUUAAUAUGGAAAGAGCAGGCGAGAAAAAGAAUGAAACUUUCUUUAUAUUUGGUUUUAAACAGGUGGAAUUUGUAAUAUAUAACUUAUUGAAUGAAAACAUAGUCGUCAAAAUUCCUUGUGGUGGCGGUCAUAGAUCAUGGGAUUGUAUAAUAUCGCACACAAAAGCAAGUUUUGCUUACAUAAAAAAUAAACAGGUUCAUGUGUGUGAUUUGUCUUCUUCUCUUUCUCUGUCACAUCCUAUUUUGCAGAAUGGUUUUCACGCAAAAGAGACAUGUUGCUUGAGACACAUUGAAUGCUGUCAGGAAAAUAUUUUCAUAUCCGGUGGUGAAGACUGCACUCUACGUGUCAGCCAUGUUAAUAUGUGGAAUUUUGAAUCAAAUUCUUUUAAAAAUUUAGGAGUUUUUAGUGGUCAUCUUUCGGGUAUAAAGUGUAUAAGUGUUAUUCAAUUGCUUGGAUCUGCGUUUGAAUACCUAGUCUUUUCUGGUGGAGGGAGAGCACAAUUGAAAAUUUGGGGACUAAACAUCAUGCAGCCUGAUACAUCAGAUCUAGAUAUAUCAUGUUCCGAUGUGAAUUCUUAUAUGCUCUAUAAACAAAAUCAAAAUUGUAAAAAACCAUGGCAGAAGGCUGAGCAAUCUUAUAUUACAGAACCAGAGACACGUUAUAUGGAUAUUUACGCUUAUUAUCCUUUUAAGGAACUAAAUGAUGCACUGAAUUAUGUGUUAGUUUUUAUAGCUUGUGCAGAUGGAUAUUUAAGACUACUUGUAUAUAAUGUUGUGACUAACAGCAUAUAUUUAAAAAUAUCUACUAAAUACAUAGAUCGUUGCAUUUUAAAGAUGCAUAUAUUAUCACAUAAAUCCAAAGUAAUUGCAUUAACUAUGAGUACGGAUGGAAAAUUACGUUUUUUCGAUUUUACCGAUACAAUUUCGAAAAUAUAUGAAGAUGCAAAUUCUGGAAAUCAGAAUAUCGUCGAUUUCAACCAUAUCCCUUUUGCAGAAUUUAGCUUGCAUCAAUCGGGAAUUAAUUGUUUUGAUUUAAAACAUAUACAUGAGGAUGAAUAUCUCUUGGUUACUGGCGGUGAUGACAAUCUUCUCAGUGUCAUCUAUUUUCAAAUUUAUAUAUCUGAAAAUAAUAAAUUAUUGGCUGAAAUAUUAUCUAAAUGGAGUACAGCAUCCGCACAUUCGGCACAAAUUGUCGGUGUAAGAUUUAUCGAUGGAGAAAAUAAUAAAAUGUGUAGUGUGGGAGUAGAUCAGCAAGUUAUUACCUACAAUUAUUUAUGUUCAAAUGGAGUACAUGUAGAUAUCUUAAAUCAAAUAUUUACAUCUGUUACGGAUGUACAAGGCAUGGAAUUUGUUAGCACGCACAAUUUUGUUUGUAUAUAUGGAAGAGGAUUUGAAAUACUGUACAUUUAAAAUUUUGCAAAA